CAAAACCCGUAGCAAUAGCAUAAUUCAGACAUCAUUAACGGCGACCCUGGAUGCUACGUAACAGACAGACAAAUGCUUUCCAGCUUCGUCUCCACAUUUUAUGAUCCGGAAGGGGCACUUUUAUUUAAAAAUUCUAUGUAAUCCAACAUUCAUUUUUUGUUUAAAUGUCUCUGCUGAAUCUUUGUUUCUUAAAAAUGGAGUCGGGAGGAAAAGGCUGGGUGUAUGGUUGGCUAUUCUACACAGUGUGCGCGCUUUCUUUAUUUGCGACUGAAGUGACUGGACAGAUUCGUUAUUCUAUACCCGAGGAAAUGGCAGUGGGCUCGAUUGUUGGAAAUAUCGCCUCGGACCUUGGACUUGAACCGAAGAGACUGAUUUCAGGCAAAGCGCGUGUGUUUACCGCGGAGAGCAGUGAGUACAUUGGACUGGACAAAGAGAACGGACAUCUGGUUAUUAAAAAUAAAAUAGACAGAGAGGAAUUAUGUGGAGAGAUAUCCGCCUGUAGUGUCAGUUUUAAUGUUAUUUUGGACAAUCCGAUAGAGUUUUAUCGCGUUACAGUUGACAUACAAGACAUCAAUGAUAACAGCCCCGUAUUUCCGAAAUCUAAAAUUGAUCAAGAAAUUAAUGAAUUAGCUGUAUCGGGUGCGCGCUUUCCAUUAGAGAGCGCAAUAGAUGCAGACGUGGGUGUGAAUACACUACAGAAAUAUACUCUUCAUCCCACCGAUAAUUUUAAACUAAAUGUGCAGAAUGCUGAAGAUGGUAGCAAAAACGUCGAGAUGAUUCUUCAUUCUCCAUUAGACAGAGAAAAAGAAAAACAUCAUAAUUUAAUUCUGACGGCUUUCGAUGGUGGAAAACCACAAAGGUCUGCAACUGUGCAGAUAAAUAUUAUUGUUCUUGAUGGCAAUGACAACGCACCCUUAUUUAGCAAACCGUCAUAUAAAACAUCCGUUGUUGAAAAUGCAGCUAAAGGUACAGUCGUUACAACAGUAAGUGCGACAGAUGCUGACGAGUCAAGUGAUGGUGUACAGUAUUAUUUUGAGCACGCGACCUCUGCGGUUAAAGCUUUGUUCUCCAUUGACGCGGAUUCUGGUAAGGUUAAAGUUAUAGGUGACAUAGAUUAUGAAAAACACAAACAGCUCAAAAUCAAAGUCAAAGCUAAAGAUCAAGGCGGUUUGACUGACUCGAGUGAGAUCAUUAUUGAUGUCAUAGAUGUAAAUGAUAACACGCCAAAAAUUACAGUGAUGUCUUUUUUAAGUGCAGUAUCAGAAGAUGCAGCACCUGGCACUGUUAUAGCAAUAAUAAACGUUCAAGAUCUUGACUCGAGUGACAACAGUAAGAUUUCUUGCUCUAUUGAUGUGAACUCUCCAUUUAAAGUCGUAUCCUCAAUAACCAAUCAUUACAACCUGGUGACAGAUUCAGAAUUAGACAGGGAACAGACAGCAGAGUAUAAUAUCACUAUAACUGCUGUUGAUGGGGGUAACCCAGCUCUCUCAAGUAAAGAGAUUUUGAGACUGAAGAUAUCUGAUGUGAAUGAUCACGCACCUCAGUUUGAGCAGGAAUCAUAUAAUGCUUUUAUAGUUGAAAAUAACCCACCAUCUACAACUUUUCUUUCUGUGAAAGCAAAGGACAUGGACUGGGGGCAAAAUGCAAAGAUUUCUUAUUUCCUUAUUGAUGGAGAUUUAAAUGGAUCACCUCUGUCCUCUUACAUUUCCAUAAAUUCAGAGAGUGGUGUGAUCUAUGCAGUAAAAUCUUUUGAUUAUGAACAACUGAAAUCAUUCAAAAUGCAAGUUAAAGCUCAAGAUGGAGGCUCACCGCCUUUAUCCAACAAUGUGACUCUUAACAUUUUCAUUCGAGAUCAAAAUGACAACGCUCCUCAGGUUCUGUAUCCUGUACAAACUGGUGGUUCUGUGGUGGCUGAGAUUGUGCCUCGUUCUGCAGAUGUUGGUUAUCUCGUCACUAAAGUGGUGGCUGUUGAUGUGGACUCUGGACAGAAUGCCUGGCUCUCAUAUAAACUACAGAAAGCUACAGACAGAGCGCUGUUUGAAGUGGGUUUACAGAAUGGAGAAAUAAGAACUGUGCGACAGGUGACUGAUAAAGAUGCUGUGAAACAAAAACUCACUGUUGUUGUUGAAGAUAACGGACAGCCCUCACGCUCAGCUGUGGUCACCAUUAAUGUGGCAGUUGCUGAUAAUUUUCCUGAAGUGCUCUCAGAAUUCACAGAGUUUACUCAUGAAAAGGAAUACAACAGCGAUCUGACUUUUUAUUUAAUUUUGGCACUUGCAGUAGUUUCACUGCUCUUUAUAGUUUCAAUUAUUGCAAUCAUUUCUGUGAAAAUCUACAGAUGGAGGCAAAAUAAAUUAUUUUAUAAAUCUGGAGCAAAUCUACCUGUAAUUCCAUAUUACCCACCAGUUUAUGCGGACGGCACAUUACAGCAUGUGUAUAAUUAUGAAAUGUGCGGCACCACUGACUCAAGGAUGAGUGACAUGAAGUUUGUCAGGCCCUACAGUCAGAACACACUCGUGAGCCAGAGUCAUAUGGGGACAGUACAGAGAGAACAGAAGAUACAAGAGAAUGAUGACAUUAAUUCAGAGGUGAGACGUUUAAUUGACCCUUACUUGACUAUUCAAAAAAAAUGUCAUUUAGGCUUUUUGUUUUCUUUUUCUGAGCAUUUUUAAGAAAGGGCUGUUGAGUGAGUGUGCUCUGGGGUGUCACUCGGUGACGAAACCGGACACAUUAGUUCAUGUAUUGUACAAAUAGCAAAAAGUAGUCAAUAAGUGAUAAAAGUAGCUGAGUUAUUA